AUGGUGGCCAAGCUAGUAAUAACCCUAUCGUGCCUUGCCCUCUGUUACUCUAGUCCCGUCAUUAUAAAUGGUUACUUAUAUCGUGAUGGACGAGCCUAUGUAGUAGGACAGGGUUACACAAGUAACGUCGGCGGUAAAGCAACAGGUUCAGCCACAAUUAAUGGUGGCGUUAUUCAAGCAUACGGAACAGCCUCUACCGAUGACCAAAAUUCCUUAAACAGGAACGCGGGCGGGGACGAAGCUUAUCCCGGUCAAGCUGUAGCUAAAGCCGAGAUUUACGACGAUCCUUCGAACACCUUCUAUGGUUCUGCUGAUCCAGUGUCACAAAAUGUUCCGACCUACUACGCCGUGCCCGCCCCGGCUACAAUAUCACACGAACAAAAUUUCAACAAUCCAGAAGUAAGUUACGAAUUCCCUGUCCCUGGAGCCCUUACUGCACAUUCUUCAGCUGUGGUUGAGGGUGAUUCCGAAACAUCUUACACAUCUGUUCAAUCUGAUGGCUCUGGCUCUGCUGAGUCCUCGGCGAACACACAAGGCAUCGGAAAUUAUGGAGUUACUUCAUCUAAUAGUAAAACACUCGGCAAUGGUUACGGAUCAGCAUCUUCAAAUAUUAAAAACGGCUACGUAUCGACUGUUUCCAAAAACAACGGAUUCGGUUCUUCAUCUUCGCAGACUAAAACUGGUCUCGGUUCUUUGUUAUCUGAAACUAGAACAAAUGGUGGUUCCGCAAGUUCAUCAGCAAACCAAGCUUUAGAAUCUGCUAUAGCUACUUCCAGCUCUCAAGGUUCUGGAUACGCUUCUUCAAAAGCAGAUCUUAACAAUCUAGUUGCCGUUCCUGUCAGCUCAGUAAAGUCCAUCAACAAACAAGGAGUUUCCUGGAAAUUUGGCACACGUUACAACGUCCCGUCUAAUGUUGGUCAAGUGUAUGCUACCAGUCAAUCAAAUGGGGGCUCAUCGAAGUCUUCUGCUCAAGCCAAUAAAUUCGGCACCAUUCAAACCAAUGCUGAUUCCCACGGACAAGGAAGUGCUGAUGCGAAAGCUAAUUUAAAUGAGGCUGGAUACCUGAACUCCAAUGCUAUGGGCAAUGCUAAGUCGACGGCAAACAGUAAUGGUUUUGGGUCGAUUAACACUGCAGCAAGCUCUAAUGGCUUAGGAUACGCUAAUUCUGAAGUCAAUUCCAAUGGUUUUGUUAAGUCCACGGCUAACACCCAAGGUUCGCCAUAUGGUUCAUCCAAUGCCCAAGCUGAUAUUAAAGGUGGAUCCAUCUCGUCUUCAGCUAAUAGUAACGGCUUCGGUUACGGCGAAGCUACAGCCAAUACUGGACCAAACUACGGCGCUAAUAGGUUCAAUAAUCCCGCCAACCUUCCAUACUUUGGAGGAUUUAAGACGGUUGCUGACGCUAAAACUACUGGCCAAGGGUCUGCUUCUUCUUCCGUCAGGACUCAAGGGGUUCAAGCUGGCUACAAAGUUGUGAAAUCUUCAGCCAACACGUUUGGCGACGGCACUGCUCAAGCUAAUGCCCAAAGCAACUAA